AUAUAAACGACAACGGAUCAUUUAAUCACAAUAUACAUAUGACACAUCCUAGAAUUGGGUUCUUGCUUUUAUAAUUUGUAAAUAAACAACACAAAUGUUUAGUUUCAACCAAACGAUAGAACUCGUUCAUGGGCCAUUAUAGAUUAUACGGUUAAAUUCACUUUAAAGUAGUAUCUCAAGUAUAAUAACCGAAAAUGGAUGAUGAUGAUUAUUGGAAUACAAGUGAAACCAAAGCAAAGGCUUUUAGCUUUGAUGACGAUGUUCUUUCACCACAAGAGAUUCUAGCCAUCGGUCAAAAACGAUCCUCAGGACAAACUGAAGAUUCUGUGUUUGCUACAACCAUUCCCAAUGCUAAGCGUAACUUGGUAUCAAUUAACAGUCUUGUAUCACCUAAAGUUCUGGAUUUAAUUGUCCUCGCUCAAUCCGGUAGAGACCCUAACAACAUGAAGGCAAUGGAUAACGACUCUACGGCGGUUACACUGAAGCGGCUGGUGUUGGGUCGAACAUGCUCGCUCCAUGUUCAUAGGAGUUUGAAGAGCAAAACAGAGCUGUUGGAUGGAGCUAUUGCCUUGGGCGAUGGGAAUGCUAUUUUGGCCGUGGUUUUGUUUCUCAUGCAAACAUUGAAUAAGAAGUUAGUUCAUGAAUUAAUAUCAAGCAGACCAAUAGCGUUGAACCAUUAUAUGAGCCAUUUGAAGAGAGAAGGAAAAAUUACCGACCUCACAGAUUUGCUGACAAUGCUAGGUAGAAGUCCCGAGGCAGCCAUACACCAAUUCGAACACACGGUUAAAAGUCAAGGGAACAGUAUAGAAAGUUUAUUGAGGAAAUUGAAUAAUAUAUUAUCUAAUCAUUUCAACCAACCAGGUGUUGAUGCACAUGCGAAUAAGAUGUUAGUGGAUUAUAUAAAAUUGCUGGAAUGGCAGAAAUGCUCGAACAAAGCCGAGCUGCACAACCAGUCGCCGCUGGCGUGCCUCGCGCACUGUUGCCAGUGGCAUUGGCACGAAGGCGCUGGCAACAUGAUGUCGCCAUUGACGCUUUGCCAGCGGCAGCAGAUACCGCCAUUGCAAUAUGAUUGGGUUGUGCUGAAUGUCCACGCAAACUCCAGUAAAUGGGAUAUAGUUGAAUCUCUAUUCACAAAGAAGGAUUGGCUCGGUCGUACAACCCUAUCGUCUCACAUCCCAAUAGAGACGCUGUUGUCCCGUCUGAACGAUCUGAACGCGAGCAAGAAGAUGAUGGCCACGUGCCUCAACAAGAUACAGAGCAACGACGACAGGCUCCGGCUGGCGCAGAAAUAUAAGAUACACACAGUAGUUAUAGAAUCUCUGGUGAAACAGAAGGACAGAUCAGCUCUCACGAACUACAAAAUGGCCUUGAGUCCGCAGUCUGAGGAAUAUAUCUUAGCCGAUAAUACUUUAAGAGAUCCGUCUGUAAAAUGGAAGAAUUGAAGAAGCAAAAAAAGUCCUGUUAAACAUAUUUAUUUAUAUUUAUUACUAUUACGUAUUAAAUACAUUUUAACCACA